AUGGCGACAGCAAUCGAUGAGGAGGAGACUACUGCCACAGAAGGAGCACUGGUGCUGCUACCGCUGACCUACAUCGUGGAGACCGGGCAGCGAUGGGAAAUGUCCGCACAAACGGCGGGUUACGUCAUCGGACUGUGCCUGUGCGACUACGGCGCAUCAUUCGCGACGAAACUAGCACUGAAGACGGAAAAAGCGGACGCGGGAUUUUUCUCGGCAGUUGUAAGGCUGGAGAAACUGGUGCAAGAGGAGAGGGAGGUAGUGGCUAUGGUAAAGCAGUUCAUUCAGGAGGGUCGACAAGUGUCUGCAGAUAUGCAACGAUAUGUCCAGAGUUUUGAUAUCAGCAUUUCUGGGACUGACCACAUCGCCCGCCAGGUUUACCACCCCGUCAGAGCUUACCUCUUGAUCAAACGACUCAGUCAAGUUCCUAACAACUUGUCGGAGGCCCAGGCACUGACCGGGAGACGAUUCGAGCUACCAACUGAUGAAGACUUGUACAUGUCUGCGCUCGCUCUGGUAAGGCUGCAACACGUGUAUAACCUGGACAUGCGCAGUCUAGCCCAGCAGGGGCAGAUUGUGAUGGUGCCACUGCCACAAGAAACCAAUGACGAGGAGCCUGUACGUGAGAUGACAGAGGUCAGCACAAAGGACCCGACUAUUUCUCUGGACCCCUCGGACACAUUCUACAUCGGGGAUGUAGCAAGUAAAGAAAACAGCUUCUACCAGGCCAUGUUGUGGUUCAACAUGACCUUGGAGAUGAUAAGGGAGAAGGAAACGUCGUCGUUGAAGGUCAAGCAUGACGACAAUGGUCUUAAGAUCCUGGAUGUUCUACUGAAAUUAGCGGAUACAGUACAGAAGAUCCAGUGGAACAAGGCUGUAUCCAUGGCAAUGUCAAAGUUAGGAAACUUUUGUGUGGAUGAUGAUCUGUUCUGUCCCCAGUGGGCCGGGAUGGGGGAGUGUGACGUCAACCCGAAGUUCAUGUUGCACAGUUGUCGCCUCAGCUGCGGGGUUUGUGAAGUUGGCCAAAAUGUAAAGGCACAAAAGGUUGAAGCCAACGAAGAUGAUUUAAGACUACUCUCAAACGUGCUAAGAAACGUCACAUCGUCCUUAACGAAGCCUAACUAUGUCCACGAAAAACUUUGCCGUCUUGGAGUUCUCAAGAACCAAGCUCCACACCCAACGCUCACCUGUAGAUACAUCCGCCCCAGUCCGUACUUCUACCUCAGUCCUAUCAAGAUGGAGGUGCUACACGAGACAAGCCCAUUGGUUGCCCUGUAUCAUGACGUCAUCACUGAUAAGCAGACCGCCUUUAUGAAGGACAUGGCGCUGGACAAGUUGAAGAGGUCUCCAGUACUUGCCAACGAUGGCAGUGCCGAUGGAGGGAACGUUUUGAGCACUGCCAGAGUUAGUGAAACUGGUUGGCUGUUCGACAGUGAACAUCCCGCGAUUGUGAAGCUGAGUCGACGGGUUGAGCACAUUACUGGUUUGAACACCAACUGCCCUUCUGCCGAGGCAUUUCAGGUGGUGAACUAUGGACUGGGAGGACUUUACGAGACGCAUCAUGACUAUUUGAAGCUUCAAGAACCUACAGUGCUUUGCUACUCACAAGACAAUCAGACAGUGAAGAUGACAACAGGAGAAAGGAUUGUAACUUUCCUCUUCUAUCUUAGUGACGUUGAAGCCGGUGGAGCAACAGUAUUCCCUAAUCUCAAUCUGGCUGUCCCUGC